AUGCUCAAGUCCAAUAAACGCAUGAAACUUGAACAUGAGAUCUUUGCAACCUCCAUCCAAGAUAUCGAGCAGAUGUUUUCUGGCUCAUGGAGCGAAGCCGAUAACGAAGAUGUCAGACCCCGAAAAGUUAGUGCAUGCCUUUCAUCUUCUCAAAAUAUCGAUUUGUCUAUCCUCAAUGGCCAAGAAAGUCAGAUUGCCUCUGUUGAACGCAGGGUCAACACUUGCACUCAAGACUGUCGAAAUAACUUUCAUUCGCUCGUGCCUCCUGUCAAUGCCAUUGAUGGCACCAAACAAUUUAGUAGACUGGACUUGCCUGCGGGAACCUGCUUGGGUGAAACUGCGUUUGACUACGAUUGCAUAAAUAUGUCUUUGUUUUCCGAAGCCCAAUCAGAAGAAACGAGUUUUCAUUCAGCCCAUCAGGUAUUGCCAACGUCUACGUUUAUGCAACAUCCUCCAUCGCCAGACUACGCAGUGCUCUCGCGUAAUAUGCUUUCCAAUUUGAACGAGGAAAUGCUAGACGACUACAUGUUUGAGCUGGACCUGAAACUGUACUUACCUCGAAUCAACUUAGAGAGUGAUUUGAGAAUGAUCGAUGUUUUGAUCACACGCCCCUUAUCUGUCAUGAACUAG